AUGGCUCCCAUGAAGGCAACCAAGACCAUGAAGGCGAUGAAGGCUGCCAAGGCCAUGACCAAGGGGGGCAUCGUGAGUGAGCUGGCCUCGGCAACAGACAUGAAGAAGUCUGACGUGUCGCAGCUUCUUGGACAGCUCUCUGAGAUGGGAGCGAAGGAGGUAAAGGCAACCGGGAAGUUCGUGAUCCCGGGGCUGUGCAUGAUCAAGACACGCACGAAGCCAGCCACCAAGGCGGGCAAGCGGAUGAUGUUCGGCAAAGAGGUGGCCAUCAAGGCUCAGCCUGCCAAAACGGUGGUCAAGGCAUUCGCAGUAUCAUCCUUGGACAUCCCUUCCGUUGCAGACAUGGCUCCCAUGAAGGCAACCAAGACCAUGAAGGCGAUGAAGGCUGCCAAGGCCAUGACCAAGGGGGGCAUCGUGAGUGAGCUGGCCUCGGCAACAGACAUGAAGAAGUCUGACGUGUCGCAGCUUCUUGGACAGCUCUCUGAGAUGGGAGCGAAGGAGGUAAAGGCAACCGGGAAGUUCGUGAUCCCGGGGCUGUGCAUGAUCAAGACACGCACGAAGCCAGCCACCAAGGCGGGCAAGCGGAUGAUGUUCGGCAAAGAGGUGGCCAUCAAGGCUCAGCCUGCGAAAACGGUGGUCAAGGCAUUCGCAGUGUCAGCUCUGAAGAAGCAGAUCUGA